AUGUUUCCCUCGUCUGGUCUUUUUGCUGAUAUAAACUGUCCUUUCUCCAAACGUAGGAUUUGUGAGCGGCCUCACUGUCCAUACAAACAUGCCACAGAAGUGCGGGACAUAUUUGGUGCCUCGUAUAAAUCACCGAUAGUCGACUCAGCAGGAGGCCAAAAUGGCAACCCAUUACCAGUGAGUGAUGAGACCAGAGAUGUCUGCCUCCAGGAGCUGGAGCGCCUCAGCAAGGAAAUUGAAACUGUAACGCACGAGGUGGAGCAGGAGCAAAGGCGACUGUCACUCUUUCAGACUGUACAGGCAGAUGGCAGAAGCACUACACCAAAUUUUUCUGUUUCAAAGUCUGAGAUUGCAGGUAAAUGUGUAGAUAAAGGUUCUUAUGCACAGUCUUCAUCCAUAGACAAGACGUCCUCCAGACCGAAAAAGUACGUGGUUGACAACUCAAAACCAAGGACUGAUUUGGAGUAUGACCCCCUGUCCAACUUUUCUGCUGACUUACGGUCUUACAGCUCAUCAGGUAAGGAGCAGAAGGUGAAAAAUGGACAAGGUUUGAAAAGAGAAAGAGACUCUGUAUCUUGUGACCAAAAGAAGCCAGUCUCUCAGGCUCAGCUUUCCCAAUCGCCAUCCCCACAACCACUUGAUGACUCUAAUGAAGACUGCGUCCUGGUUAUUGACAUUCCUCCCUCGCCUGACAAAAAAAGAGGUCGAACUCAGAAACUUGUUGAUUGUAUUUCUGGCAAAUCAGACGGUGUAACAGGAGAAUUAAAGUCGCUCGAAACAGCACCUGCUUUACUUGAUUCUCCACCAAUAUACCUUACAAAUGCUGAGGCAUGCCAGGUCACAACUCCAUGUGCAUCUACUCUUUAUGAGAACAAAGGGUGUGAAAACACAUCAGUUGAUGGGAAUGUAAUUGACUUAACUGGAUGUUUAGAAGAUCUGGGAAGUGAAUGUCAGAAAAUCACUUGUCAGGCUGCUGAAACAGAAGUGGAGAACUGUCCUGAACCUGCGAGUCUUCCUGCCUCCUCAGACCAACAAGAUAAGAGUUGGAACAAUAUUGGGGCGGAAGAGGAAGAAAACACGUCUCAGGUUGAAUUGCCUCAGUGUGAGCUGUCCUCUAGUGUUGAAAAAAUGAAUCCACUGCAGCCUUAUAACUUUCCAUCAAAGAAUUCAAUUUUUUAUAAUGCUCAAGCUGCAAACUCAGACUCCCCAUGCAGGCAACACAACAAGCAAGCCCAGACCACGGAGCCAUCAGCUCAGAACAGAGUUCAUAACCACUGGUCUCCCAAGCAAAGUGUACCAACACUGGUGCCAGGUAGCCAGAAAAUGUCAAGCAAAAUCCCAGGACAGAUACAGGACAAAGCCAUCAUUAACCACACCUCAUCUGUAAGGUAUGUGGAGCAAGCAGUACCAACUCCAGACAGCAUGCGGUUUCAAACUCACCACCCUUCAUCAAUGUAUGUCAACUCACAUUUGACUAACGGGGAUGAAUCAUCAUCUGAACCCACUGAGCAGCUUGUGAGGGCAGAUAAUGAAGAGGUUAUCAUCAUCUCCAGCUCUGAGGAGGAAGAGCUCAACUACUCAGAUGUAGAGCUGUCAGACAGUGACCCAAUGGAAGAAUGCUACAGGAUCUUCAUGGAGGCAAAUAAUGAGGAUAAGGGAAAAGAAGAGCAACCCAGUGUGUCCGUUGGCAUUAUCGAUGUGCAGAAGCCACAGUUAAAUGUCACACCCCCAGCAUUACCAGGAAAGAAGAGGGUUGCUCAUGAAGCUAAACAUACAGAGCAACCAGCGGCAAAGAGCAGACCUCAGCCCCAGGUUUUGGUCCCCCUGCGUGGGCCAGCAGCUUCGGGAUUUGUUUCCCAAUCCUCUGUCAAUUCCAAGAUCCAGCAGGUACAGCAGAGAGCCUCCAUGCUGACUGCUUCGGUAAAAGGUGGUCAGGCUUUUGUUUCUGCUACCUGUCAGAGGAAGCCAGAGAUCCAGACUACUGCCUGUCCUCCCAUUCAAAACCCUGCAAGCACACAACCUGCUCCUGUGCAAAAUGCUUACAUGAACUACCUAUCUCUGGGAACUGCUGUGAUCGAAGUAGGCAACAACUUGCACUUGAUCCUCCCAGAGGGCACCUUCCCCCUGCCUGUUACUUCAAGUUGCAGCUCAAUUGCAUCAGUGCUGACCCCAGUCAGUCAAGUGCAUACGAGCACUGUCGGUAUGAAACAAACAUACCAUCCAGCUGUAGUUAGCUCUUUGCAAAAAUACCGCACAACAGCACCGGUGCUCAUUCCUGCGCCGACACGGAAACCUUUACUGAUCUCUGCUUUGACACAUUUAAGUCCAGCUUCCUCCACUACCCCUCAACCUGCUGGCCAUGCUGCUGCUGUUAAGCCAGCGCCUACUAAACGUAAACUAAAGCAGCAGUGUGAGGCUGCCAAAGACAAAGUGCCCCAUGAUGUCCGACAGCGUUAUGUCAACAUGUUCACACAGGAGUUCCUUAAAACAACAGCCAAUGUCAACGAUGCCUUUGAAAAGGCUGUUGCUGAAGAGAGGACUGUGUACAAUCGCAGCAUUAACAAACUCAAAUAUCUGAGUAUUGCAGUGAAUUCACUGAAGAGGCUGAAGAACCAAAGUGCUGUUUCAGCUAAAGAUGAAAAAAACAUCAACAGCCAAAGGUUGAAAGGCAGCAUACCACUUGACGUGAAGAACUUAAAAGGAAAUGCAGAUGAUAUGGCAUUGUAUGAGAGUUGGAAGGAUUAUAUUUUGACUGAGGAAAGGCUGAUUGAGAGCAAUUAUCCUGUCCAGCACCCAGAGAAACCUGGUUCUGCUGCUCUUUUUGCUGACAAUAAGAAAGGCAACACAGACCCUCUCAAGAGGAUCUGCUGUCGAUGUGGGGCUACAUAUUCUGUGAGCCAAAUAGGCAAACACAUUCGCAAGGAGGAGUGCAACUAUCAUUAUGGGAAAGGAGUUAAGAAUAGAGUGCCAGGUGGAGUGGAGACCCGCUACAGCUGCUGUGAAGGGGUCAUGGGAGCACCUGGAUGUCAGGUGUUUAAGUUGCAUGUCCAUGAUUCCCUCAGCUUGGAUGGUUUUGUGUCCACCAUGCCUAGACAUCCAUCAGAUACGAGCUGUCCUGGGGUUUACUCCUUGGACUGUGAAAUGUGUUAUACUAUUCAUGGUCUGGAGCUGUCCAGAGUGACGGUGGUCAACUCUAGUCUCCAAGUAGUGUACGACACCUUCGUCAGACCUGAUAAUGAGGUCAUCGACUAUAACACCAGGUUUUCAGGCAUCAGUGAGGAAGAUGUGAAGGGUAACAACACCUCCCUCAGAGAGGUGCAGGAGACCUUAUUGAGCUUCAUUAGCGCUGACACCAUUCUGAUUGGACACGGACUGGAAACAGACCUCUGUGCCCUGAAGUUGCUCCAUGGGAUGGUAGUGGACACAUCAGUGGUCUUCCCCCACCGUCUGGGCCCCCCUCACAAACUGACCCUCAACAAUCUCACUGCUGAAUACCUCCGGAGGAUCAUCCAAGAGAGUGUUUGUGGCCACGACACUGCAGAAGACGCUGCUGCCUGCAUGGAGCUUAUGAUAUGGAAGCUCAAAGAAGAUGGAAAACUGAAAAAAAUAUGAAAAUAAAGCAAAAAAUAUUCCCCACACUGUUCAUACACGAAAAGAUAGAUGCUGUCAUGCCAAUUUGAAUGUGUGUGAAGCUCUGUUCUGAGUAUUUGGGAGGGCUGUUUGUUUUAGUUUGAUUAUGUUACUUGAUUUGUGUAAUAAUACAGUAUUUUCUGUUUGUUAAGUUUUGAUUUGCAGCCCAUGUGUUCAUGCUUGUAUAAAUAUUUUGGAUUGUGCUGUAGUGUGCUAA